CUCAUGGUUUGCAUUUGAUUUGACAGCGUCGCAAGCGGCCGUUCCAGAUUUUUAUCUCACUUUUAUUACAAGAACUAGCUCUUUUGCUGCAUUUAGAUCCAAACGACAAUGGAUUUCCCUGAAAUAAAACCAGGUGCAUUUUAUGGGCGUAAAAGGGUUGAAGUUCAGUUUAUUCGCGGUAUUCCAUCUGACAGCGAGGAUUCGGAACUAUCAGAUGACGAGGAUCAAGUGGAAAUACCAAUAUCAACGAAUUAUUUGGGCACGGAAGACUUGCAAGAUGCAGAUUCAGACCCAGAUGAUAUUCCCAACUAGAACUAAAGAAACCUUAAGGUGGCCAUAUUCGACCUAGGUACCUUAAUAUAUCAAUCCAUUUAUACGAUCCCAUUAAGCUAAAGUAUUUGUAAAGUUUAUUUUUCAGCGUUCUUAUGGCUCUUUCAGCAAUGGCCGCUUUCUUGAUGCUCUAUGUACUAUAAUGAUUAAUAUCAUGCUUUUUCAUUAAAGUUUGAAAUUUACUAUU